AAAAAGGAGUUUGACGCUGCACAGCACUGCAAAGACACACAGAGCACGGAUGCUACAGCGAAUUGAAGGAAAGGAUUAGGAUUCGGUGAAGGACGCACCACGAACAGAAAUAUGAGUUUGCCGAAUGCAAACAACAAUAAUCAUGCAUCAUCGCUCAUAAAUAGCAACAACAACAACAAAUCUGUUAUAAGGAAAAGCUCGAAAAGCGAUUUAAUGCGCGCUGCAGUUGGUUUGUUGCUAAAGCAAAAGAAUUAUGUGGGCAGCGAAAAGAUUCGAAAAUCCGAUUUUCUGUUGCAGCAAAACAAAAAUCAAUUUGCCGUGAACAAAAUGCUGGACACGGAUCUGCAUGGCGGCAACAGUUUCACCUAUUCAAAUGUCCAGGUGAUUACCAAUAAUCAGCACAUGGUGGACCAGCAGUUUGGACGCUUCUCUCAAUUUGUGGAGGCGCAGCCGGAGCAAUUGCGUGUGGAAAUGAAACGUUUCUAUGCGCCAAUGUUGUGUCAUUUGUACCUGGAGCUGCUCAAGGCGCGUGAGUCCAAGGGCGCUGUGGAGUUGCUCAAGAAGUACGCGCAUUUGGUGGCACCCGUGGAUCUCUAUGAUGCGCCGCUGCCCACCAAAAUCAACGGCUGCUCGGUGACGAGUGAGUCACAAUUGUCGACUGUCUCCGAGUGUCACAUUCGCUUCGCUAGCGAGGCACAAAAUACCGGCGAUACGGAGUUGGAUUACUUUAUGAAACUGGUACAGAUACUGUCCGGCUGCACAAAGCUGGAGACAGCAGAGUCGGAUGCAACUGUGGCGCACUUUCGCGCCUCCAAAUACGAGCUGCAUACAACGGCUCAAGUGGUGGACAGAAUUGGCGCCUAUUUACAGAGACGUGGUCAUGUGCUCAUCUUGAAUCUGCUCUACACAUGGAUACACAUACACAUUGUGGACAAUGAUCAGCGCCUGUUUACGGAGGAUCAGCUGCUGGGCAUCAGCGAGGAAAUGGAACCCAUUGAAGGCUAUGAAGCGGAUGAAAGUAUUACAAGUCACAAGUCUGCUGUGAAGAAUCCCAAAAAACGUGCCGCUGAAGAGGUCAUUUUUAAGCUGGAGACGGAUAUUAAAACGGAAACGGAUUCCUCGUUAGCUGCAGAUAAAACCAAACUGAAUAUUGAUGCCUGCCUGAAAACACUUAAAACCAGCACAGAGCAAAUACUUAAAUCCCAAGUGGAAAUGACAUGUUUCUACAGGAUUAGCGAAAGAUCACGUGGACUCACCUCGGCUGAUGUGGAUGCCAAUGAGUGUCACAUGCUGGCGGGCUUUGAUAACUCAUCUGUGCAACUGUGGCAACUCAAUCAGCAUAGAUGCAAAGGCAAGAGCUUAUACAGACGUGCUCCACACUCGCAAUGCAACUGGGAGAUCAAUAAUUGCCAGCCGGAGGAGCAAGAGGAACUGGACAGCGAUGAGGAAUCCUUCAAAUGCAGCACAGAGCAGCAAAGGGAGCGACAGAAAGCACUGCGUAACAAAUAUGCAGACAACUCCUUCAAUGAGUACGGCGGAUUGCAGUUGCGUGGUCACACCCGUGGAGUCACCAGUGUCCGUUUCUCGGCCCACUAUCCGCUCUUGUACAGCGUGUCCAAGGAUUGCACAAUGCGCUGCUGGCGAGCACAUAAUCUGCAAUGUGCUUCCAUUUAUCGCAGUCACAAUUAUCCCAUUUGGUGUCUGGAUGAGAGUCCUGUGGGACAGUAUGUUGUCACUGGCUCCAAGGAUUUAAGCGCACGUUUGUGGUCCUUGGAGCGCGAACAUGCGCUCAUCAUUUAUGCAGGCCAUACACAAGACGUUGAGUGCGUCGCAUUUCAUCCCAAUGGCAAUUACCUGGCCACCGGCUCGGCGGAUCACUCGGUGCGUUUGUGGUGUGCCACGAGUGGAAAACUGAUGCGGGUCUUUGCGGAUUGCCGACAGGCAGUCACUAGUCUGGCCUUCAGUGGAGAUGGCAAGAUGCUGGCCGUUGCCGGAGAUGAGUCUAAAGUAAGGAUAUUUGAUCUGGCUGCUGGCGCACAGCUGAGUGAGCUCAAGGAUCAUCCGAGCAGCGUUACUUCAUUGGCUUGGGGAGCACACAAUCAACAGUUGGCCACGACCUGCAGCGAUGGCAGUCUAAGACUCUGGGACAUUAAAAAGCUAACUCCCAUGAGCGAGAGCAGCAAUUACUCAUCAUCGUCAUCUUCAUCAUCAUCAUCGGCUACAACGAAUCGUCUCUUAACUCUAAAUAGUUCCUGUCAGCGUCUGGUCAAUGUAUUCUAUGGACGCAGUAAAACGCUCUAUUGCAUAGGCACUUGAAGUGAACCGGAAGUCGUCGUAAAUUGUUUUUAAAAAUAAAAUAAUUUAUUUGUAAUAAAUCUGUAUAAUAAGUAUUACUGUUACUAUCAAGUAGA